AUGCUAUAAGAAAAGAUAAAAAAUUAUAUAAAAUCUCGAGAAUGUGCAACUAAUCGUGUAAAAACAUUAUUAAGACAACCUUGUCCAAUACAAUUUUAAGUUAGAUCAGAAUUUAGUCCAUAAAAAACAAUACAUUAAUUUCAAUCUCAAAAUGGAAGAGUCCGAUCAGUUUUAAAAUUAUCAAGGAAACUCACAAGACAAUGUUCUCCUCCAUUAAAAUUUGAUGAAAUUAUUACAAAUGCUAAAUCUAAUAUUGCAAGAAGAACAUCAUAGAAAUAACAAUCAGCUCCAUUGUUAAAAUAGAGAGUUAAAGAUGUUAAUUUAUAAACCUAAUUUCCAUAAGUACCAACAUUUAGAAUGAGUUCUUAAUGGUUUGGUAAAUAAAAUAGAUCUCAGUCAAAUUAAUUUGCUUUCGUUACUUUAUCAACAUUGAUUGAUGAUGAAUUUAAUUAUAAUAAAGAAAGAGUCUCUAAAUUUAAUAAUAUGGAGAACAGACUAGUAGAACAUUAAUUCAUUAUUAAUGAUUUUGAUCCUAUUCUUAAUGUAAAUUGA